AAACAAAUCAUAAUGUAGGCCGUGUAUUGUGUUUCCAGAAAGAAAUCAGCAUAAAUUGUAAAGAUUGAUUGUUCAGCAUGAAAAAAUGUUAACAAUCGAAUAGAAUUACCUGGAAAACAAUGGCCCACUAAACGACGAUCAUCAAACAACGACGAUCACAACAAUGGAAGGCGAUCCGAAGAUCAAAUCCGAGCACGCCGAGAUACGCUCCUUCGUUCUGUUCAAAAACCUCACCCAGCGAACCGUGCAAAUCUACUGGGUAAACUAUAACUCAAAGUUUGUUCACUACUCCGCACUGGAGCCUACGGCUCAAGUGGCGGUCAACACGUACGUAACUCAUCCGUGGGUGUUUAUCGACAAGUCUACCGGCGAACGGAUGCUAGUGAAGCACCAGCCAGUCUUCUACCCGGAACCGUGGUACACCAACAUCGAUGCCAACGGUAAGCUGGCCCGCUGUGAGGUUCAGAUACACUAUCCGCUGCGCUGUUUGCGCGAUAACUGCGCGUGGAACAUAUUUGCCGCUCUGCGGGACAAGCGCAGCUUCAUCGAUCUGGAACUACCGAAAACGCUGAUCGAGGAUCUGCGCGAAUGUUAUAAUCUCUUUUUAAUGGCUAACAAGUUGGCUAAGUGAAUGUGGUGAUAUUAUUUUUUCUCCCUCUUCUAUAUACACAAUUCUUUUUAAAGAUGCAAUAAAUC